AUGGAAGCAUUAGAACACUUUAAAAUUCCGCUUGAAAAGAUCAAACUGGCCACCAAUAAUUUUAGUGAUGAAGCUUUCAUUGGACAAGGUGGUUAUGGAAAGGUGUACGUAGGAACACUCACACUAUCAGAGCAACAAAUAAGAGUUGCCGUGAAGAGACUCGAUUGUCAAUUUGGACAAGGGAAUCGUGAGUAUUUGAUGGAAAUUCAAACGCUCACAUGCUAUAGGCACAAAAACCUCGUCUCCCUUGUUGGCUUUUGUGAUGAGAAUGGAGAAAGUAUCUUGGUUUAUGAACAUGCAAAAUAUGGAAGCCUUGACAAAUAUCUGAGCAAUCCUGAGCUCUCCUGGAUCCAACGCCUCAAAAUAAGUCUUGGGGCGGCUCGUGGAUUUAACUACCUACAUGAUGAGGUGGGACCCCAACAUAGGGUUUUGCACCGCGACAUAAAAAGUGCAAACAUUCUCCUAGAUGAGAAUUGGGAAGCAAAAGUAUCCGAUUUUGGAUUGUCCAAAAUAGGUCCUUCAAAUCUGGAGUUCACAUAUGUUGUCACCGUUGCUUGUGGCACCAUUGGCUAUAUUGAUCCAUAG